CGGCAGCAUUUUAUUUUAUGGCAAUCGAAGGCCCUUCGUACAGAUUUUAGCCAUCGUUUGUUUACACAAGAUACAUCAUUGCUUUGGGGCUGUAUUGCUGCUAGCACAAUGGGAAUUGAAGAAGAAGCCGAUCGCACUCUGUUUAUUCGAAAUUUGGACCAAAGAGUGUCCGAGGAAAUAUUGUUUGAAUUGUUUGUACAGGCUGGACCUCUCUGCAAAACCAAGAUUCCCAAAGACAAUGAAGGAAAACAGAAGACGUUCGGCUUCGCUGUGUACCGACAUGAAGUGUCGGUGCCUUACGCCAUGCAGCUGCUGGAUGGGACGACGCUGUUCGGCAAGACGAUCGGUGUUCAGUUUAGAUCAGGAAGCAGCCACAGCAACAGCCCCGGGAAGCAGCAAAACACGAGCCCUGGCAACACUCCCAACCCCCAUGGCCGAAUAACUCCGGUCCAGUGGAAUUCCCCUCCUUACUCCCCUUCUCCUCAAAAUCAAAGGACAUAUUCUUCUCCAGACAGCCUGCAGAAGCAUGUUGUGAUGAACAACAUGAUGUUGCAGCUGCACAUGCAGCAGCUUCAGCAGUUGAAUGGGGGGGGCUUAGCCGGCGCUGCACCGAGGAACCAGCCUAGCGCCGGGGCCCCUGGUGGCAUCGGCGGCGGCUCUUGGCAACAGGACAACCCUUCAAAUUGGCAGCGACAGUCGUCCCAGCAGCAGUACAACAACAACAGCGGCGGUGGCGCUAACGACAGCAGCAGUACCCACCACAGCCGGAGUCAGCGCUACACAGAGGAGUCCAGCCGUCACCAGCAGAACACUCACAAUAGGGACAACCAUCACCACAACGACCGGCGGACUGGGCGUCACCAUGACAACAGCGGAGGCCGUCCCUACGACACCCACCGGGGUGGACAACGUGGAAAUCAGGAGGGUAGACAUAGACGCUACUGAGAGGCUUCUUUUGUAUUGGAAGGGGGAAAAAAAGAUUGUCUGUUUCAUUUUUAAUUGGGACUUCUUGAAAAGGGAGAUCCUGAGUUUUAUUUGGACAAGAUAUGUGUAUACUCAGGUUGUUUGUAUAUUUUGAUACUAGUUUGAGAAUUGAAGUGUUUACUUUUAAGGUGAUUUUAAAUUCAUACAAUUGUUAACGUAUUCCAUGUGAUUUCCUAAUCCUUGGAGUGGAUGUGUUGGGGGGGGG